GGGAUUAGCACUUGGGAGGUCCCUGCAGCUGGGUGGUUCUGACUUGGGUUUGCUGAAAUCUCCAGCAGCCCCAGGACACACAGAGAUCUGGGAGCAGGGGGAUAGGAGCAUCCUGAAUCUCAGGCAAUGUGAGGGAUAGGCACUGGCUUCCCAAAUUUACUGGGGACUCAACAGCUGGGACAUGUCCAGCCUUGGCUUGGGAUGCAACAGGAAAUACCAGCACCUUCUUCCCCCAUGGGACACACAUCCCUUGGCUCCUGUCAACCCCCUGAGCUGGGGGCUGGAGGCAAGAGGGGUCUGGAGGGACACAAGGGGGAUAGAUGCCAUGCAGGGGUGGCAUUUCUCCAUCCUGCAGCAGUGAUGGCAUGGCUGUGCAGGGCAGAACCACCCUCGGUCACCACCUCUGUGGGCUGAAACCCUGAGAGGAGAUUCUGCUGCUGGAAGGCUUGUCCCCAGAGCUGGCUUGUCCCCAGGAGCUGUGUGACACCCUCGCUGCCUGCUGGGCGCCGUGGUUCCUCCCUGAGUGCAGGACCCGUGCUGGGAGUGCUGUGCUCAGUGAGCAGGGCCCGCUGGCUGCCUCCAUGUGACUGCAGCUUCCGUUGGCUCCUUCCGCAAAGGCUAAAUCGGUGCUCAGCCAGAGGGCGGGUGGCACACGGCCCCGGGGGUGGCACACAGACCCCGAGGGUGGCACACGGACCCCUAGCCCUGUCCCCAGGACCGCCCUGAGCACAGCUGAGGGGCCGCAGGAUGGAGCGUGCCAAAGCCCUUGUGGGGCUGUUCCACGCGUGGCAGCUGUGAAAGUGCCGUGUGUCAAACACUGGCUGAGCCCUCACUGCUCAUUUGCCUGAGUUUCAGCUUUUCCCCAGAUGCAAAUGCCGUCAGCUCCGCUCCCACCAGGAGUGCCGCCACUGAGAUGGAGGCCCCGCUCCCUGGUCUCUCCCUGCUUCUUCUCCUCCUGGCAGUGGGAUGGGGAAGCAGGAUGGACGCAGCCUGGGCACCAUCUCCUGGGGGCUGUGAGCUUGUGCAGAGCAUCAUGGACUGCACUGGCAGAUGGCUGAGCUCCAUCCCAGGAAACCUUCGAGGCAAUACCGAGGAGCUGUUUCUUGAUGACAACACUAUCCAGGUCCUGGGCAAUGCCUCCCUGCUCCUGUAUCCCCAGCUCUGGCACCUCAGUUUGACCAGGAACCGGCUGGAGCUCAUUGAGCCCGGGGCCUUCCUCAGCAGCCAAGGCCUGGAGGUGCUCUCCUUGACAGAUAACCUGCUCUUCACCAACUACUCGCUGACAGCCGCUGCUCUUUCUGCUCUGCCGGCCUUGAGGAUGCUGGAUCUGGCUGGAAACCAGCUCAGGGAGGACAUGGUAUCAGUUUUAGUCUCAAACCUCUCUUCCUUGGAGUCUCUGUCUGUGGCCAGGAACAUCAUCAUGAGGUUGGACUCAUCCAUCUUCACAAACCUGACAGAGCUGCUGGAGCUGAACCUGGAGAAGAACUACAUCUUUGAGAUUGACAAUGCUUUCGAAGGGCUGCAGAGGCUGCAGAGGCUCAACUUAGCUUACAACUACCUCCCGUGUCUGGUGGGGUUUGACCUGACCCAGCUCAGGGUGCUCAAUCUCAGCAACAAUGUCAUUGAGUGGUUUCUGACCAUGGAAAUUGAUGACCUCUUUGAGCUGGAGGUGCUGGACCUGUCCCACAACCGCCUCCUGUUCUUCCCUGUGCUGCCCCAGCAGAGCAAGCUGCACUCCUUGCUGCUGCAGGACAACAGGAUGAGCUUCUACCAGCGCCUCCCCAACGGCACCUCCCUGGCCAACGUCACCAUGCAGUUCCUGAUCAUUGAUGGCAACUCCACCAACAUCACCACGGUCAGGCUCUGGGACGAGCUCUGCCACAGCAACCUCUCCUCCCUGCGCCUCCUGGACAUGAGCCAGAAUGAGGUCUGGGGCCUGCCAGAUGAUUUCCUGGCACAGACGCCCUCCCUGACCCACCUGAAGCUCAACCAGAACUGCCUGGAGGCAUUUCACCUCUCGGAGGAGGACCCCUUGGCCAUGCUGACAGAGCUGGACCUCAGCCAGAACCAGCUGGUGGAGCUGGGGGUGAAGGUGGGCACUGGGGACAUCCUGCCCAGCCUGCAGCUCUUCAACCUCAGCACCAACAGGCUGCAGGCUCUUCCUCCCGGGAUUUUCACCCACACCAAGAAGAUCACUACCCUGGACCUCAGCUACAACCGGGUUGACCUCUGUCCUCAGCCAGGUGAGCCCGAGAGUCUCUCCUGCGUGGACAUCAGGGGUGUGGAGACCUUGACCCACCUCUCCUUGGCUGGCUGUGGUCUGCAGGGGAUGGGCGGCCGCCCCUUCCAGGGGACAUCGCUGCUGCACCUGGACCUCUCUGACAACCGCCAGCUGCUGUCCGGGGACCUGGGCUGGCUGCAGGACCUUGUCCUGACACUGCAGGUGCUGUCUCUGAGGAACACCAGCCUCUCCUCCACCACGGACUUCUCUGCCCUGAGCAGCCUCGUGCGCUUGGACCUUUCUGGGAAUUGCUUGGCCGCGUUCCCCGGCUGGCUGGGCGCGCUGAGGCUGCGCAGCCUGGACCUGCGGGAUAACUGCCUGCCGGCACUGCCACGGGACCUGCCGCAGGCACCGCUGGGCAGGAGCCUGCGGGAGCUCUACCUCAGCCAGAACCCCUACAACUGCUGCACGCUGGGCUGGUGGGACGCCCUGCAGCAGGCCGAGGGGCUGCGUGUCCCCGACGGGCCGGAGGUGACCUGCAGGCACGGCUCCCGUGCGCUGAGCCCCGGCGCGCUGCCCCAGCCCGUCCUGCAGAGCUGCCGAUGGCAGACGGCCGACCUGGCGCUGCUCUAUCUGGUGCUGGCUCUGCCCACCUGCCUGACGCUCCUGGUGGCCUUCGUUGUUGUCUUCCUCAUGCUCAAGGAGAAGCUGCUGAAAAUGGUGAAAAACCGGUGUGGGGUGUCCAGCCCUUACUAAUGGCUGAGGAAGAGGAAAGGACUCGGGAAGAGUCAGUAAUAGGGAGUGGUCAGGAGGGCAGGUGAUAACCUCUCCGAGGUGGUCAAGAUGGAAAGCUGAUGGAUGCAGGACAGGAGGUGCUGGGAGAGCUGCCAUUCCUGCCCUAAUGGUAGCCAAAGGGUGAGGGCUCUGUCUGGUGAUGGAGCGCUGGGAAUCCUCAAGGAAUGUGUCUGCUGGUGAGAGCUGAGUGGACAUGACAUCAAACAUUCCUUCGCUGAAAGGACAGGUUGCCCAGAAAAUCUGUGGAUGCCCCAUCCGUGGAAGUGUUCAAGGCCAGAUUGGAGUGGGCUUGGAGCAAUCUGAUCUGGAGGAAGGUGUAGAAAAGUGUUGUAACCAGAUGGAUUUUUAAGGUCUCUUCCAACCCAGAGCACUCUGGUAUUCUGUGACAGUUUUCUCCAGCACUGCUUUGCCCCACCUUUCAGCAGUUCCUUUUAUUUAUUCCCACCUGUAGCCAACUCAAAAAGUCUUCUAGAUCUGCAACCAGCCUCCACAAGUGCCCCAGGCUGGAGCAAACAUCACCUGGGUGCUGUGGAGAAGGGUCUCUGUUGUCACAGCUUUCCACACUGCUCUUGCCAGCACUGCCAACCUCGCAGGCAGCCCUGAUCAUGCACCAUGUGUGUGUGCUGAUAAAGACAGGCGAUGUCAGCAGGGCUGAAAGACACAUUUUGUGGUGUUGUUUCUUCACUAAGUCACAGUCUGGGUUAGAAAAGUCCAUUAGAAACAGCCUAAGUUGCAACAACAGGAAAUAUUGAUUGAAAAGCAGGAGAGUAAAUUACAUUUCUCAGUGAUAUUUUAUCAUGGAUUUAUAUUUCUCCAGUGACUGCUGGAUUAAACUUACAAAGGAAACAAGAGAAAUCCUUCCUCCUUGUUGUGCAAGCCCUGCUCCUGUGGGCAGUGCCCGGGGGUUUCCUCCACCCAGCUCUGCUCACAGCAGCUCUGCCUCUCCCAGAGCAGCAAGCACUACCUGGGGAAGUGCUGCUCUGUUCCUCGGGGGUCACUGAGGGGAAAGGAGAAGUGGUGGUGGUGGUUUGUGCUAACUCAAAAGCCCUUCUCAGAACUGGAGUGGCUUUAUUCCUGUGGCACUGUUGGGAUUUUUCUAGUGAAACGUGUUUAAUGGGAACAGGGUGCAGGGAAGUGUGCAGCAGUGCUGGAGUGGGAAUUCUGGGAGCUUGUCCUGCCUGGGUGUGGGCAGGCUCAGUUGGUGAUGUGGGGUGUGCCAGGGAUCAAGCCCAGUGGAGCUGUCCUGUGAGGUGAUGGAGGGAGAUGCCCAAGGCUGGCCUGAAGCCAGGAGGAUGCUGGGGAUGAUGCAGGCAGGGGAAGCCAAGGCUGGCAGCAGGGCAAACCCUUCCCAGGCAUGGCUGUGGGACGGGGCUCAUGGGGGAGCCUGGUGUGGCUGGUGGCUGUGCAAGGCUGCAAAAUGGAUGGGUAAGACCCUGCUAGACCAGCCAGCAGCUCCACAGGGGCUGAGAGCAGUACAGGCUCUGGAAACCCAUCUGUCAGAUCUGGCUGGGAAAUGACUGCUUUCUGCCCCAAUUUUAGACUGAAAUAGCCAAAACCAAAGCAGGCCCCAACUGGGGAAUCCCUCAGCCUAUUUCAACCCUUCUUUUGCCCAUAAGCUGCACCCUGGGGGACAGCAGUGACCUAUAAAUACAUCUCUGCACCGUUCCCCAGCUGCAUUCUGGUGUCUCCCCACUGGCAGGGUGAGUGGGUGCCCCUGUGAGCUCCCCUCUCCCUGGGGCUGGGCUUGGGAGGGAUGUGUGUCCUUCCCCACCUCCACAGCUGGAGAGGGAUGUGUGUCCUUCCUCACCUCCACAGCUGGAGAGGGAUGUGUGUCCUUCCUCACCUCCACAGCUGGAGAGGGAUGUGUGUCCUUCCCCACCUCCACAGUGGAGAGGGAUGUGUGUCCUUCCCCACCUCCACAGCCAAUGCUGCUGCUCCAUCCUGCGUGGGGUGCAGAGGCAGCUGUGGGAGGACACACAGGGAGGAACCCAGGCACCUGGCACUGCCCAGGGCAUGGAUAAAAAGGAGGGAUUCUUAAUUGUAUGGAGCUGAUGGAGAUAUUCAACAUUCCCUCAUCACGGUGCCUGGAAAGCCGUGGCUCACCUGGAGCUGUGAUGUGAAGGGGAUGCUGGGGCAGCAAGAGGAGAUUCCACUUUCUGAUUGUCCUUACAAAGCUGCUCUCAGCAUCUUUGCAAGGCCGUGGUGAUUGAUCAUGGAAGGUCCUUGGUGCCUGGAGAACCCAGGGGUCCCACCCAGCUUCAGAAACAGCCAAAAGCCAGCCCAGAGAGCAACAGGGCAGUCACCUUCUUGUUGGGAAACCAUGGAAUGAAUGCUCUUUAUUUGGAGCACAGCUCUAGAAAAGAGGGUGGCUGGAAGAAGCCUGCAUGGACUGCUGAGGCUAAGUUAUGCCUGCCCAAGCUGCUUCCCUCUCAGGAUGAAAUGGUUGGAUCUGUAGGCAAGGGGAGAGUGGUGGAUUCCCUGUGCCUCAGCAAGGCUUUGGACACAGAGUCCCACAGUUUUCUCCAUGCAAGUGCAGAUGCCAAGGUCUGCAUGGGUGGGCAGCCAGGCAGGUCAGGAUCAGUGGGAGUGAAAUGUAGAGGGCUGUGGCCAGUGGGAUGUGCUCUACCAGGAGGCUGCUGAGGGGACUGUUUUGGGAUCUGUCCCAUUUCAUGUCUUUAUGCAUGAUCUAAAGCUGUCUGUGAAGUGCUUUCCUGUCAUGUUCCCAGAGGAUCCCAAACUGGGAAGACCAGUAUGGCUCCCUGUUGAAGGUCUGGGCUGGAGGAAUGGGGAGCAGGAACCUCACAAUCCAGGCACUCCUCUGGCCUCACCUAGCCCUCACUGGAGAGGAGGCCAUGCCCUGGUCAGGAUGAAGCUGGGGGCAGGCUGGAAAUGGAGGAAAAGUUCCUAGGGGCCCUCUCCCUUCCAAGUAGGAGAUCCUUCUGUGUUGUUAUGUUGCAAUUGUUGAGGCAAGGCCUGUGCCAGACCCCUGCAUGCCCUUUCCUGUCCUGGGAGAGCUGAGUCAGCCUUUACAUUUUUUUUUAAUUUUGGCAAGUGAGGCCUCAGCUUUCAUUUCUCUCCUGAGUGAAGACCCCCUUGACCAAGCCUGAGCUCCCUUGUCCUCUCUAGUAAAGCACUCUGGAUUAACUGACACUUGCUCCAUGUUUUUCACAGCAGUGACUCAUUUUGGGGUGUAGGAGGAGAGCUCUUCCAGCUGCUCCUCUAGCCACUCCUCUUAGUUAUGUCAGGCAGCAGUUUGUUGAAGCCCCUCAAUUUGGGAUGAAGGCCCAUCUCACCCUCAGCCCUCACAGCUGCCUGGGUUCAGAGAGCCAAACCCCGGGAAGCUUUUGGCAUUGUACAAUUUCCAAAAGAAUCCUAAUCUUAGUCCUCCAGUUCUCACAAGAGAGCAGGACUGAUCUAGUAGAGUCCAGCCAAGGCAGACAGCUGGAUUAAAACCUUCAGUGGGAUGAGUUUGUCUUACUCUAGAACCACCCCCAGCCUUUGACCUUCUACCACUCUGACUUUUCUGAUACUUUAAGCACAUUCUCCCAGAACUGAGCACUUAUGAGGAAGCAUCACCCAGGAGUGUAAGGAUCCAACCAUCCCAUUGAAGCAGUUUGAAAUCACUGUGUUUUCAAAAAUACUUUCAAGACUAAUUCAUUUUCAAGAUAUUCCUUCUCUUACAUGUGAGGACUUAUUUUUGUGUAAGCUAAAAGUGAAGAUUUAAGCAUUGCUAGGGAAAUGUGAGAGCAAUAUUCUCAUUGCAGAGUUGAUUUAUCCAGAAUGACUGAUACAUAUUUAACUUCCCAGCAGGCAGUAAUAAUCACCCU